AUGCCAGAUUUGAACUCGGUGCCUCCCUCUCCUCACGUCCUGGCCAGCGGCACACCUUCUCGUCGUCAGUCGGCCAACCUGCAGUCCGCAUCGUCGCCGCCAUCUGCGUCCGUCAACAUCCUGCCUUCCAACCAGGCCGCCGUCAACCAGCACGUUCCCUCGCAGGCUCUCCCGUCUCCCGGGUUUCCCUCACCUCAGUCGCCCAUGGGCUCAUCCGAUGCUGCAGUCGGGCCAGGCCCGGGCCCUCUGCGCCACCCGAGGCCGCUGACGGCUUCUGAGCUUCAUAUGCAGCUGGAAAAGGAGCAGGAGGCAGUGGUAAAUCGUCUGACCCGCGAGCUCUCGAUGCUUCGGGCCGCCCACAAUGCGUCGGUCGUUUCAAACGCCUCGUCGACGUCGAAUGCUACUUCUUCCCACGACCCCAUAGUCGAGUCGUCGCUCUUGUCUGGCUCCGGAUUCUCGAUUCCUACUUCUCGCCGCCACCACAGAACCUCGUCUUCUACGUCCCAGACUUUCCCCAACUUUGCCUCGUCGUACGAAGCUCGAGCUCGAACAUCCCAUCCCGCAUCGCUGUCACGGCAGAAUAGCAGUGCAUCUCGCAGAAGUCAGACGGGAUCGCCCGCGCCAACUAGCUCUAUAGACCCCUCGACCUAUUUCCAUCAGCAGAGGAACCCUGCCGCUGCUAACUCCGUCAUGAUGAGCUCUGUGGUAGCUACUCCUGGUAGCUCCGUUCUGGGUGACCAGAUGAGCCCUGGACUGAUGCCCGCAACGCUGCGGUACGAGGAAACGGCCUUUUAUCGGCAAGAAUUGGACAAUGCAAAGAAGGAAAACGAGGCCCUCAAGAGGCGUAUCCGAGAGCUGGAGAGGCUCGUCCGAGAGAGACGGUCGAGUGAUGCCAGCAGGAACAGGAGCGACAGCGCGAGCACCACAGCAAGUGCAAGUGUUGCGCCGGGUGGUGGCGUUAGUAUCGCAGGCCCUCGAGAGAGCAUCUAUGGUCAUGGCCGAGAUCGCGAGCGGGCCAGGCAAAGCACCACAAGCUUAGCCGGCGGAGUAAGCAUUGGUGUUCCUGAUGAGGAGGUAAAAGUAGGCGAGAGCGCCGCAAGU